ACUUUAUUUGAAAGUAUUAUUAAUCCAGAAAUCUAUCAAUCUUAUAUACCGAAUCAUGUUCAUUUUCAUCAAAAUUCAAAUAAUCCUACAUAUCAAGAAAUGAAUUCUAUACAUCAUAAUUCAACAAUGAAUAUUCCAAAAUCUAAUUCAAAAUUGAAUCAUUCAUUUAAACAAUUCAAUAUGUCUUCUUCACCAUCAUCAACCGCUUCAUUUAAAUCAAAUCAAAAUGAACCAUGUAAAAUGACAUAUCAAAAUCUUUUAGAAAUAAAUCGUAUUAAAAAUGCUAAAAAUAAUUAUGAACGAUUAGGGAUUAGUAUGACAGCUAGUAGCGAAGAAAUUCAAAAAGCAUUUCGUCGUUUAGCCUUUAUUGUACAUCCUGAUAAAAAUAAUACUCCAGGCAGUGAAGAAGCUUUCAAAAUAUUGGUAAAAGCAAAAGAUUCUUUACUUUCAUUAUCAAAUGGAUCCAGUUGGUUCAGUUCUAAAGUUUAAUUGUAGCGAAUGUUUUGUUUUCCUCAUAAUAAUUUGUU